AUGGCGUCCCGAGCCGCGCUGGGCGUCAGCGUCGGUUGUUUGCUGAUGCUGUUCCUGAGAGGCGACCUGGGCCAAUGUGCCGUACCAAGGUCCGCCUUUCGGCUUUGCGCCACGGGCGGUUUCGCCCUCGCGCCGCUCUCCGCCUCAGCAGCGCAGCUCCAAGCCUUGCUGCAAAAGAGGAGUGGAAAAGAUCUCACUUCACCAAUCUUCAACAUUCCGCCGAAGCAGCAGGUCUACCCCAGCUGGUUGGAAGGCCACUGGUCGGUCCUCAGUCGCUUCGUGGGCUUCGAAUUUCCCACUCUUCCCAGGCAGCAGGUGAUGCGCCAGGAGGAUGUGCCGGGUUUCAAGACGUGUUCCAUCAUCGACUUCGCGGACGUGGGAAAAUCGCCCUUGGAGUACAACCUGACCUAUGUGCGAGAUGACAAUGUUGGAGGCGUGGUGGAGGAUUGGCCGCAGAAUCUGCGCUCCACGGUGGCAGCGCACCUGUCACCGGGCAAGGGCCGGGUGACCAGUGUGGACUACACACCGAGCCAGGACCCCAACCGGCUCACCAUGAGGCUGGUCGCCUCCAAAAACGCGGAGCGGGUGGAACUCUUCGUGAAUUCCCGGGACUCGGAGCAACCCAAGGAUGACCUCUUUCUGUGCAGCGAGUACAGACGUCAGGUGACCUUUUCCAGCCGAGUGACCCAGGGCUACAACUGCAACUACCAACACUUCAAGACUUUCCAACGAACGGACAAGGGCGUCCGACUGAAUGUGUUGACCGCGUCGUACUUUGAUCCCUUGAGCCCGUUGUACUUUGAUACCUUCGACAAGCCACUCGUCUACAUGGUGUGGGACUGUCAGUUCGCCUGUGGCGACGGUCUCGUGAUUGGGGAGGAGAAAAAAAACGUCGAGGAAUGCGAUGAUGGCGGCUUAGAUGCCUUCGAUGGCUGCGAUGCUAACUGCAAGGUCGAGCCUGGCUUUGUUUGCAGCGGCGCAACUGGGACGGCGCCGUCCCAGUGUCGUCCGGUGGGCUGUGGAGCUUUACCACAUCCCAGUCCCGUGGCAGCUUGUGAGGAUGCUGAAAGCAGCCCUGCAGCUGUCACAUGUCGCAGCAACGAUGAGCUCGGCGCAUGUGGAAGUCUUUCACCCCCGUCGCUGUUCGCAGCCUGUCCUGGCCAAGCCACACAGCGUUGUGAAGCGACUAUUUCUCGGCCGCAGGCGGUGCUAGCACAACUUGUACAUGGGGGCAGUGCCCUGAUGCUAGCCUUUGAUACAACUUUAGCCGAAUUGGAUGGUUUGAGUUAUGGAACGGAGCUGAAUUGCUCCAACGUUUUUCCCCCAACGACUGUAGCAGAACUUGGGGACGAAGCACUUUGCCUUCAGGGCUCUCCGCGGCACAUCGUGGUGCGCCUGGGCUUUGGCGCAUCGCUGGGAACCGCCUCCACGGCUGUCUUCGUGCUGGAUGCGGCGCGGCAAUACCAGCAGAUCGAUGUGCCCAUCGAGGUGAGUCGUCCUUUCGAAUUUCCCUCGCAGCGGCUCUUUCUGGGACCUGUCGGGAGCCAGGGGGAGUGGUCCCGUGGCAGUCCCGUGGCCUUGGGAGAGACCUGGAACUUCCAGCAGCCGCAAGUGGUCCUGCGUGGGCCCAGCAUCUGGGGUCAGUGCGGCGAUCUUCAUCUGGACGGUUCCUUUUCGUUGGGCUCUGGUGGUCGGCCCUGGAAGCUGAUUCGUUGGCGCUGCAGCGGAGAUGGAUCCCACUGUGCCAAGAUUCUCUCCUACCUGCCCAACAGCUGUAACCAGCUCACGUUGGGCCUGGAUACUGCUGGCCUGGCCGUGGGCUCGGUGCCGUGCGGCUUGCGCGCCACGAUCCCGGAGGUCUACCUGAAGCUUGAAAACGUCUUGGGUCAGUGGGACGAGGGCAUGCACGGCAUCAGCUUCACCACCAGUCGCGUUCCCGACGCCGUGGCGUUGACGAAUCGCCAAGUGCUGGUGGAUCAGGGCAGCAGCAUCAGGUUGGAGUUGUCGGUGGGACCAGCACUACCCGUUGCUUCCUUGGGCGCCGGCAGUUCGUGUGGAGCCUUGGGUCCUGUGUCUCUAGAGUGGCGCUAUGGCGCUGGCACUGUGGCGGACGCCUCUCAGGCCUGGUCUGAGAUGAGCUCCACCCCCGCCUCGCUGAUUGCCACGCUGGAUGCCAAGACCGCCCUUCUGGAGGGAUUCCUGGGCUCCAUGGACGUGCCCGGCAACAACUGGACCGUGGUGGCGCGUGUCUUUCACACGGCAGGGGGAGAGUCGGUCUAUGUGCCCUUUUUUUUGGCUGUGAGGCCCCAGCCUCCUUCCAUCAGUCUGGACGCCCCCACGCAGAUCUCCGACCAGUGCAGCUUCUCGGUGGUGGCCAGCAGCAGUGGAGUUUCUGGUGAUCCCUACAUCACUUGGAGAUGCGUUUUGAUGGACGUGGUGGCGGCCAACAACCAGGAAGCCUCGCUGUGCGCCGCUCGUGCCCUGCAAGAACGUGGCUCUGUGCCCGGAAGCUUAGGAGAUUUCGGCUGGGUGCCUGGUUGCCUGUGUGAAUGUUCAUAUUAA